AUGCCGGUCUUUGUGCGGUCAGUAGCUCCCUUCCUGCGGACAGCUCGGUCUGCGCUGCAUCAAGGCAAUUCCGUGAGCCCCUUGCUGCAAGCUCAUCGAAGUGGAGCUUCGGUGCUGAAUGGCGCGCGCACAUAUGCUACUGUCUUUGAGCGGACGAAACCACAUGUUAAUAUCGGUACAAUUGGUCACGUCGAUCACGGAAAGGCACAGGAGACUCGAGACAGGCAAGAAGCACAAGCUAACACCACAUUGACGGCCGCGAUCACAAAGAGACAGGCAGAGAAGGGAUUGGCAAGCUUCCUCGACUAUGGCUCGAUUGACAAGGCACCCGAGGAGCGGAAGCGCGGUAUUACGAUUUCCACAGCACACAUCGAGUACUCGACCGAUGCCAGACAUUACUCCCACGUCGACUGUCCUGGCCACGCAGAUUACAUCAAGAACAUGAUUACCGGUGCCGCAAAUAUGGAUGGAGCUGUUAUUGUCGUAGCAGCUUCAGACGGACAAAUGCCUCAGACGAGAGAACAUCUGCUGCUUGCUCGGCAGGUCGGUGUCCAGAAGAUCGUGGUUUUUGUUAACAAAGUCGAUGCUCUCGAGGACCCGGAAAUGUUGGAAUUGGUUGAGAUGGAAAUGCGAGAAUUGCUUACAACCUAUGGAUUUGAGGGCGAUGAGACGCCAAUUAUCUUGGGCUCCGCUCUGUGUGCUCUUGAAGGCCGAAGACCAGAGAUUGGAGAGCAGAAGAUUGAUGAGCUUCUCGCUGCCGUUGAUACCUGGAUCCCAACUCCUCAGCGUGACCUCGACAAGCCAUUCCUCAUGUCCGUUGAGGACGUCUUCUCUAUCCCUGGUCGUGGAACAGUCGCAUCCGGUCGAGUCGAGCGUGGUACCUUGAAGAGAGAUUCCGAAGUCGAGCUCGUUGGAAAGAGUGAGACGCCAAUCAAGACCAAAGUGACCGACAUCGAGACCUUCAAGAAGUCCUGCGACGAGUCAAGAGCAGGUGAUAACUCCGGACUCUUGCUCCGUGGUGUGAAGCGCGAGGACGUGAAGCGAGGAAUGGUUAUUGUUGCCCCCGGCACAACAAAGCCACACACCGAGUUCUUGGUCUCGAUGUACGUUCUGACCAAGGAGGAAGGAGGACGACACACCGGCUUCCACGAGAACUACCGGCCUCAGAUCUUCAUCCGAACCGCCGAUGAGGCAGCUGCACUCUUCUGGCCUGAGGGAACCGAGGAUGCGGCGUCGAAAAUGGUUAUGCCAGGCGACAACGUGGAGAUGAAGUGCGAGAUUGGGCACCCUGUUGCCAUUGAUGUCGGGCAACGCUUCAACAUUCGAGAAGGAGGACGCACCGUUGCUACCGGCCUGGUGACCAGAAUCAUCAAGUAA